AUGGCUGGAACAGAUCAUGAUGUGUCGAUUAUGAGUGUGAAAGUAGUGAGCGAUGAUUGGUUAGAUACUACAGUUUCUUCUUCAUUGGCAUCCAAAUAUGAGAUCACUGUGAAACCGAGCGAUGAAGAAGUAGUGGACUCUAAUCACUCUGAGUAUUCAAUCCCCACCAUUGAUAUCUCCCUUCUCACCUCUGGCGACCUUCAUCAACGCUCCAAAAUCCUCCAUGACCUCCGCAAAGCAUGUAAGGAAUGGGGUUUCUUUCAGUUGGCGAACCAUGGUAUUUCGGAUAGUGUAAUGAAGAAAUUGAUGGAAGCAUGUGAGAGUUUUUUCAGUAUGACAGAAGAGGAGAAGAUCGAGUUCCAAGGCUCUACAGAUGUGAUGGAACCUAUAAAUUAUGGGACCAAUUUUGAUUGCAAUGCAAUGGGCAGUAGUAAAUACUUUAUUUGGAGGGCUUUUAUAAAGAUGCUUGUUCAUCCUCAAUUUCAUUCUCCCUACAAACCACAAGGCUUUAGUGAGGCAGUAGAAGAGUAUUGUGAAAGAACAAGAGAAAUAUCAACAGUGUUAAUGAGAGCAAUAUCUGAGACAUUAGGAUUGGAAGCUAAUUGCUUAGAGAAGGCUACGAAUUGGGAUGAAGGACUACAUUUAUUGGCUUCGAACUAUUAUCCACCUUGUCCAGACCCUGACCAAGCUCUUGGCCUCCUACCUCAUACCGAUUCAGGCCUUAUAAACUUCAUUUUCCAAAACGACGUCGGUGGCCUUCAAAUCCUACACAAAGGAAAAUAUGUGCGUUGGAAAGCCAUGCCUAACACCAUUAUUGUUGACCUUGGUGAUCACAUGCAGAUCCUAAGCAAUGACCUGUACAAGAGUGUGACACAUAGAGCAGUGGUGAACAACAAAAACACAAGAAUAUCAAUAGUGUCAGGACAUGGACCAGCGGCGGACAACAAGGUUGCACCAAUACCUGAGCUUUUAGAAGCUUUGGGCCAAGCCCCGGCUUAUCCAGGGAUUCCAUACAAGGAAUACUUGAAACUUCGACGAAGCCCCCAGUCAGUCCUCAAAGCCACGCUCGACAUAAUAAGACUCAAACAAUAA